AAGUCUCCAGGACGUUCGGUGGUGUUCAUCGCAGUGGUACUCAGAGAGUUAUUAUAUGGUACUUGCAAAGGAUUGUGGGUACAAUGAAUUGAUAAGUGACGGUGACGCACGGAACUCUCGAGAGCCGAGGAAACGUACACUUCAUCAGACUCUUUUAUAAGUGAUCACAAUCGUCAACUAGCAAUGGAAGAUGUUCUGGACGAAGUAGUGUCUUCGGACGAUUUGAAGAAAUUUGAGCAAGUGUAUAAUGAUCAACUGUACAAAGGGGAAGUUACUCACAAGGCCCAGUUUGAAUAUGCAUGGUGUUUGGUAAGAAGUAAAUACUCGGCUGACAUAAGAAAAGGAAUAAUUCUCUUGGAAGGUCUGUUUCAAUCUGACAAUGCUGAAGGAAAACGGGACUACCUUUAUUAUUUAGCAAUUGGAAAUGCUAGAAUUAAGGAAUAUAGUAAAGCUUUACAUUAUGUUCGAGCAUUUUUGCAAAUUGAACCAGGCAAUCAGCAAGUUCAACACCUAGAAACAUUGAUUAAGAAGAGAAUGGAGAAAGAGGGCUUGAUUGGAAUUGCAAUGGCUGGUGGAGCUGUAUUGGCCAUUGGUGGACUGGUGGGUCUAGGAUUAGCCCUUGCCAAAGGAAGAUCUUCAUAAGUCAUCAGAAGGCAUGAACUAGUACUGGAAGCUUCACUCGUACCGCCUGUUUGUAGUUGCAAGUGUUGGGGCUGCUGAUAAAAGUUAUACUAUGGAGGAUUGUGAUCAUAGAUAUUCUGGGACCAGUUGCCCAAUAUUUAUAAUAAAUUUUAUGUGAUUUUCAGUUUUCUUUUUAUUGGGUAUAUGUUGUAUAUAUUUUUGUUAAUAGUUUACCAUGUUAGUUAUUACUAUAUAUCACUCUUUUCUUAAAUCAGAAGUUUUAGGCUUGUAUUAUGUUUCUGAAAACACCAAGAAAGAUAUUUUACUGUCCAUCUAUAAUAAUUGUGAUAUAGACUUCUCCUUAUUCAUUGUGGUUAGUGCAGAGGACUAGUAUUCAAAUGUUUGUAUUGUUGGUUAUGAUGCAGUCCUCUUUUGAAAGAUGUGAAAUUGAUUUUAGAGUGUAAGAAGUAGCACUGCAAAGCAGAACUGGAACUUCAAAGACUAUUUUAUUAUGAAUAGAAUUGCAAUGUUGUUACUCAAAUCUUUAACUAGUUUUUGCAGAUAUUGCUUAUGACAUUUUCAUGUAGUAGUAGUAGAAGUAGUACUUUUUUUGUCAUUGUUUGUACAUUGCUAUGUCAGAAAUUGAGUGUAAAUGUAUUGCACUGUAUGCAUAUUGGUUUGAAGAUUUCAAAAAUUUUUAAUGGUCAUAAGUUUCAUUGGGUGAUGACAGUUUACCACACUUCUUCAGUGAGCAAUGAAUGACAGCAUACAAUAAAUUACAUUUUCUGUAUUGUGCUCUAGUCUGUUUGAGUUGGAGUGAUAUUUAGUUGUUACGUAGAUUACUUAACAAGAGCAGAAGUCAAAGGGCAUUGUUCACAGAAUUAUGCUCUCUACAAUACCAGCCAUCUGGCAAACAGUUCUGAAUAGGAUAUGAGCAAUUCACAGUAUAUUAUGACUGAUUGUAGUUUUCUCAGAAUAGAAGUAAAUAUAUACAGUAUGUUUUAGACAUAUGUGGUCAAAUACUAAGAUUUAUUUUUAUUUUAUUUUUUUGGGAUGAAAAAAUUAAAAAACAAGAAAAAGAAAUUUGUUUGAAACACUUUAUUUUUAAAAAAAUUAGAAAAGUCUAUGCGAUUUUGACAUGCUUUAAUAAAAUUUCUCCAGGUCAAAUAGAAAUGAAAGGAAAAAUAUAAUUAAAAGCUUCAAAAUAAAACUGAUUAGUCUACUUCAUCCUCGGGCAGUCAGUAUUAAAGUGUGUAUGAUGCACCAAUGGUAUUAUAUUUUUCUUGUAACAUCUAAGAAGGUUUGAUACAUUAAGUGAUCAUGAAGAAAUGUGGAUAGCUAUGGAAAUGAGAUUGUAUGCAUUGCGCUUUCAGUGUGGCAUUUUAUUAGCAGAGGCUUCUUUCCAAUGACUGUGUUAGCACUAAUCUUGUUUUUACAUAGAUCGCUUAGUUAUUUGAUUUUGUUCUUGCUGAAUGCAUAUUUUUGACAAAAAUAUUGUUUCUCAAAAUGUCACAUUGUUGAAAAAUUUAUCUCAAGUAUUAUAUCGGUGGAGUGUAAAUGUCCUUAGUGGGUGUAAAUAUGCUCACUCAUGACUGAUGAUAUUGAUUAAUAAAUUUGUAAAAUAUAUUACGUUGCAUAUUUUUCAGUGUGUGUAAUUCUUUAAAUUUUUGGAAUAGCAUUUCUCAUUUUGAUAAGGUUUAAGACCAUAGCUUGUGCAAGUUACAAAUUUCUCCUGAAGAAAAUUAGUUCAUUUCUGAAUUGCAGUUAAUGUGUGAAGAAUUUGUUAAAGCAUAUGCAAUUUUUUCUGCAAAAUCUUGAGUUCUUGUACAGGCAGUAAUAAUCGAUAAUGUUACUUGAAUUCCUGCAAGUAAGAAAGUCAUUCGUAUUUAAUAUUUGGAUGUUUGUUUGAUCGUGUAAUUUUAUAUCGUCAAAAUCUACCAGAAUUAAUCUCAAAUUAAUACAAUUAGGUACAAUAGUUGUCAUCCAAGAAAACCUUUUCUUAGGAGAUGAUACGUUUAAUUUGAAUAAGUGUGAGAAUAAAUA